AAUCAGGUAACAAGUCAUACUGCUUUCACAAAGAAUUCCACAGUUUUCUGCCUCUGUUCAUAUAUUCUGCAACAAAAAUCUGCUUUUUAUAUUCUGUUCUGUUCCAUCAUAUAUUAUUGCCCCACUUGAAGUUGUUCUCCUCACCACCUGUGGAAUCGAAUUUAUCAAUUACUUUCUACUUCUGAGUUCAGCUCAUGGUUGAUUUCAUGCUUAUAUGUUCAAAUAAGUUAACUGAAUAUUUUUCAGAGGGAUCAGCUGCUUGUAUAUAUUCUUGAAUUGUAUUUGAUUUGGAUGCAGCUAAAAGGAGACUCCGCCGAAAUUUUCAUAAGUUCCCUUCGCUAAUGAAAUUUAUCUUCAAAGUUCAUCUCACUUCAAUUUUGAAUUCCGGAUCCGUACCUGCAGUCAAAGCCUCAUACUUUUGUAUACAUAUUUCUUGUGUUGUUUAGCUUGAAGUAGUUCUUAUUUCAAGUAAUCAAAGAAAACAUGGAUGAUGGGGAGUUGGUUGCUUCAGACCACGCUUUGCUUCCAAAUCCCAAUUGCUCUAGCAAUUUUCCAGGUUCAACUUCUGUAGAUACAUUUUUUGAUGAAAUUCUGAACACGCAGACAUGCACUCACACUCACACUUGCAACCCUCCUGGCCCUGAUGCUGCACAUACACAUACUUGCUACCACACACACACCCAAGUUCUUUCGUCCGAAGAUGAUGAUGAUGAUGAUGGCAAGAAUAAAGAGCGUUCCAUCCCGAAACCACAAAGAAGAAGGCCUCUGGGCAAUAGAGAAGCCGUUCGAAAGUACAGGGACAAAAAGAAGGCGCACACAGCUUAUUUAGAAGAGGAAAUCAGGAAAUUGCAGGUGUUGAACCAGCAACUUGUUGGGAAAAUACAGGCACAGGCAACUCUUGAAGCUGAGUUUUUAAGGCUGAAAGGCCUUGUGCUGGAACUUAGAGGAAAGAUUGAUAAUGAGUUGGGUGGUUUCCCCUUCCAAAAACAAUGUAACAGUAAUACUUAUUUCAAGGAAAGUCAGUGUAAUCUGCAGUCUAGUGCUGGGGCAAUGGGACUUCAUUGUCAAACCGAUUUACCAUGCUCCUGUCCACCUGUUGGGUCAUCCGUCCAGGUUAGUAUCGGUGCAAGGGAAAAAGCGAUGGUGCCAUCAGGAGGAAAUCGUCAGCCUGCAGUAAUUGAUUGCCGAGCAAAUGCAAAUAAGGAGUCGACGCAAGCUGAGUAAUUUACCGAAGCAACUAUAGCAUGUAAGUUCAUCCUUGUAUACCAGAGUAAAUAUCCGUAAACUACAUAUGACGAUAAAAGCAUGUUUGCUUAUUAAGUAUAGAAUACAAGGAUGGCCCGUAUAGAUGUGAUUCUCAUUCCUAACAUACCAUCCUUCGUUAUCUAAAAGAUUAGGAAUGAAAAUACAGUGGGUGUCAUGUUGUAAAUAUGUGUUUGAUUCCCAAUUUCAACAAGAUAUCAUUAGCAAGGGACUCGUAACACGGGUUUUAUCCUAUGCCAGAACAAUUUCCCGAAAAUGUAAGUAAAUGUGUCCUAUCAUAUUUUAGGAUGUAAUACAUUGUGUAGAAGACGUGUAAGUUUAUGUUCAUAAUAUUUGUUGUUUUGGUAUUUCUGAAUAACUCAAA